AUGCCUUCGCUUUGGAGUCUGAUCAAGACUUCGUUCGCUCUGAACUCCCUGUCAUCCCCAACGCCGGAUUCGGUGUCGAUCACUAGCCCGACGACUGGCGAGCAGCUCAUCGGCUAUUUCUCUGGAUGGACGUCAAGAUUCGAUGUCAACAGCAAGGACGCCGAUCUCCCUUCGAUACUCCCUUUAACUGUCUUCACUCCAUCUGGCAAGACGGUGACUUGCGCCUGGGUCAAGGAGCAGGUCGAGGCAUACCACCAAGAUGAUAUCUUCGAGGAGCUGUUUCUCUAUGCUGUAUACUUGAAGAAAGCCACUUCGUACGAGCGAGGACUCUCCAAGUGUCUGAAAGAAGCAUAUGGAACCGAAGUUAUUUUUGGAGAGAGGGAUUCCGAGAGCACGCUCUCCGUCAAAACAGAUGGCGAUGCUCCAAAUGGACCAUACCUUGCCUCUUUCGGCAAAAACACUGCGACUCUCGGUCCAGUCUAUCGGAUUUACCAGGAUGACCACAUGGCCUUCAUGAGCGGACUCUUGCCCAACGGUACAGACGGUGCGUUCCGAUACGCGACCGCCAAUACCAUCAGCGAUUCUACCGUCGGAAUUCCCGUCCCAUCUCGCCUAUACACCAAGAACCAGCAAUCCAAGGACCAACCCCUCAAGGGACUACGAGUCACUGUGAAGGAUAUCAUUGAUAUCAAGGGCGUCAAGACCAGUCAGGGGAAUAGGGCGUGGUUCAAACUGUAUGAUGCCAAGGAUGCGUCCGCUCCUGGAUUGCAGAAGCUCAUCGACCUUGGCGCGGACAUCAUCGGCAAGACGAAGACGGCCCAAUUCGCCAAUUCUGACCGACCCACUGCGGAUUGGGUCGACUACCACGACGCCUUCAACCCACGAGGAGAUGGAUACCAGGAUCCAGGGGUCUCGAGCGCCGGUGCUGGCGCAUCCACCGGUGCGUACGACUGGGUCGAUGUCUCGAUCGCUACGGAUACCGGAGGAUCGAUCCGUAUCCCAGCGGGGAAGAACGGCGUAUUCGGCCUGCGGCCCUCCUUCGGCGCCGUCUCCAACGAAGGCGUCCUGAUUGAGGGGUCAUAUUUCGAUUCCGUCGGCUAUCAUUCCCGUUCACCGUACACGCUUCGGGACUUCGGGAAAGCGUGGCUGAGCGACUCGGAGCAGAUGACGAACAACUACACCAGCUUCCCGCGCAAGCUGAUCGUUCCGGGCAACCUGUGGCCCGUCGCCAACAAUGCCAGCCAGGAGCUGUUCACCAACUGGAUCGCCAAGCUCUCCACUUUCCUCAACGCCACGGUCGAGACGGCCCCCAUCGGCGACUACUGGAACGCCACGGCCCAAAAACCCGACACCGAGUUCGCGAGCUACAUGCAGAUGGUAGGAUUUCACCUCAUCUGGAAGAACCAGCUCGAAAAAGUCAUCACCCCAUUCCGCGAGGACUACGCAGCCGCCAACGGCGGCCGCACACCGUUCAUCAACCCCUUCCCGGCCGCACGCUACCUCACCGCGCUCAACACGACCCAGGAGGACUUCGACACGUCCUACGAGCGGUUCCAGUUCUUCAAGGAAUGGUUCGGCCAGAACGUCGUCAAGUCGGACCCGCAGUCCUGCUCGGAGAGUCUGUUCCUCAUCCCCAUGGCGACGGGCGACACGUCAUACCGCAACAACGUGUACUCCCCGCCGGACUCGCAGGGCCCCGAAGUUGUCUUCCCAAUCGGAGAGGUGCCGUACCAGAGCACCAUCUCGGGCGUGGAGGAGAAGCUGCCGGUGGCGAUCGAUCUGCUCGCGCAUCGCAACUGUGAUUUGAUGUUGUUGGAUCUGGCCAAGGCGCUUGCUGAUGACGAGCUCCUGAAGGAGGUGAAGGCAGGGAGAACCCUUUGGUAG